AUGCCGGUCAACGUGAAGAUUUCCCUCUGCAAAAUCACCGCUUCGAGCAAACUGUUCCAGAGGAACUACUAUCUUCCUCUGUUGAAACCCCUCUCGCCCAAGGAUGCCCUCCGACGGAAAAUUAUUACCGGACAAAAUGUGUUGGGAAAUCGCAUAGAACAUUACAUCCCCGUACUCGAGUCCCACGAAGAACGAAUAAGGGACAGAUCUCGGCGAAUAAAAGGCCAGCCGGUGAUAAAGAAGAGAGUACGAAUGAGCGACAAAUUCAAAUACGUGACGCCCUUCCUGGACGACGACAUGGAAAAUCACUCCAUGCUAAAGAACAUGAUGGCAAGAAAAGGCAAAGGGAAAGGCCAAAUGUACGUUUACGAAGUACUGGACAAAGGGUGCGUGCUGGUAAUCCCUUUUCAAAUGGAGAGAGCUAUCAGGGAUAGAGACAUAACGGAUGUAAUUAUGGCCCUCAGGAGCGAUAAGAUUGUGUGCAAAUUGAAAAAUGGAUACAGAGUGACCGUUCCAGUGGCAAGUUACGAAGGCAACGCCAAACUUUACAGAGGCUCGGGAUGGACCAAGGAGACCGUCGAAGUCGAUCACCAUCACGGCCGAGACACGUUUCAGCUCGCUCAAAUAUUCGAAGCUAAAGAACAAGGAGUCGAAGAAUGGGAACUCGAAAUGAUGCGAUUGGCCAAUAAACGCAAGAAGAAAACUAAAGGCGAAGAUAAAUCCGAUUGGAAGAGCAUGCUUCAGGGCUGCGUGGAAGACAUGGACUGGGAUAAAUUCGAGGAAGAAACCAGACAGAUUGUGGACGAAAAGGACGAAAUCGUGGAAGAGGAGAACAUUCCCAUGGAGGUCGACGAUAUGGAAAAAACCAGACAUGUCAACGAGAAACUCAAAGCCGCCGGCGAAGAAGUCAUCCUGCAGUUGCCGCUGAUGAAAGAAGUUCCCGAAGUGAUCAAGAACCUCGAAAGUGGUGAAAUGUGCGAAGUAGCGAACGUGUCGGGGGUUCGUUUACAGCUGGCCGAUGGCAAGCAGUGUUUCGUGGCUGGACAGAACGUAACCCAUGAAGAAGAAGAAGUAUUCGUACCGGGUCAGACAAUAACAAAAGAAGACGGCACAUCCGAAUACACGCCCGGCGUCACAGUUAAUGUUGAUAACGAACCCACCUUAAUACCUGGUUUGGUAAUGGGCGAAGAAACAACACCACCCAUGUUCCUUCCGGGAGAAUCCACGAUAACAGAAGAAGGUCAGUUACAAUUCGAAGCAACGGAAGAAGACAGAGGGAUUGUCAGGAGACGUCUUCCAUCUUCUUCCGAUUCUUCAUCCGAAUCGUCUCCGGAAAGGGAGGUAAAGCCAAAACCGAAAAAGGCGGACGAACCGAUUGUUAUUAAACGAAGAAAUUUCGAAGAAAAUACUCAACCGCUCAUUAAAGAACGCGUUAAGAAAAAAGCACCACCGCCCGUUGUCGCCCGACCACCAUCCCCUGCGCGGAUGGACCACCGCGUUCAAAGACAAUCCCUGGGGGAGGUAUUAAAGGUAGCCGAAGAACAGCGCAUGAAGAAAGAGGAACUCGAAGCCAAAAGAAAAGAAGACGAACGAAAAAAACUGAAAGCGAAAGAAAUGGAACGACAAUUGCAAGAGGAGAAGAAUAUCGACAAACUGCGGCUUCAGAUCAGACUGAAAAUGAAGAACAUGAAAUUCGAAGCUCCACCGCCCUAUAAACCGUUUGAGCCGGUCAAAAAGAGUCAAAAACUGGAAGAGUACGAGGAGAACCAAGAAGAUCCUGGAGGCGGCAAGGAACGCCACGAAAANCGCAACAGCGAAGAAAUAGCCCUGUUAGUAAAAGAAACGGAAGGAUUCGCCAGGAUACUUAAUCUUGACGAGAUAGCUGACACACUUUCGAAUACGUCAAAUGGAACCGUUCCAAUCAAGGAAUCCGCCUACGUGAACGCAUUUAAAAGACUUCUUAUCAUACGCAAACUCGCCGAAAACGAUUACGGACUUCGGGCAGCCCUACGCGAGAUACACAGGAACCCCUCGUUCGGAAAAAGUAACCCCCGAGUGAUCCAACUCAUAAAAGAAAGCGCAAGUCUGACGUACAACAGAAUUCCAUUGAGAAAGGGGCGUCCUGUACAAACCUGUAGGAUAACAGCCGCCAGUAAAAUUUUCUCUCGGAAUUUUUAUUUGCCUUUACUGAAACCUGUCACCCCGAAAGACGCGCUGAGAACAUUUAAGAUCACCGGCAAAUGGCUGCUAGGAGCAAAAAGGCAACACUAUAUUCCUGUUUUAUUAAAAAGUGAUAGAAAACGGUCAGAAACCGCUAAAGAUUAUGGCAAAAAGAAACACGUAAGAGUAAAAAAUUACACUUACUUAGAGCCAGCCCUGGAUCCUGAAAAUAACGAAAAUCACAAAGUUCUGUGUGCCGUAUUGAACUCUGACGAAGGGCCAGAACAAUAUGUUUAUACUGUAGAAGACAAAAAAGUAAACGUCAUUUUAUCCGCGCCCUUCGAAAUGGCUCUUCGAAGGGGCGACAUUGUCGACGUGCUGAUAUCUCAACGUGUCGACAGGGUUCUAUUUAAACUCAAAGACGAAAAAGUUCCUAUCGAAGUGAAGGCCUACGAAGGGAAUGAAGGGACGCUAUUGAAGGGUGAAGCUGCCACGACCGAGGAGGAGGAAAAAAAUCACCAUCACGGUAAAUAUACUAUGAGUCUGGCCCAGUACUUUGAAGAUAAAGAAAGACAGGAGGAAGAAUGGGAAAAAGAACUGAAGAAACUAAUGGAAAGAAGAAAUAAGCAACGUGGAGAAGGUACCAAAGAAUGGGAUGACAUGAUUAAAGCUGGUAAAGCGAAUUUGGAUUGGAAACAGUUCGAAAAAGAAGCCAAGAAGGUAAUAGAAUUCAUUAACGAACCAGUUGUCGAACAAUACAUUCCGAUGGAAGUCGACGACAUUGACAAAACGAAAGACGCAGAAACUUUAAUCAGCAAGAACGAGGAUAUCAUGAACAAACUUCCUACGAUGUCCGAAAUUCCAGAUUUGGUGAAUAACCUACAUAACGCCUCCGUACAAGAAUACGAAGUGGACGAUCCACCUAAUCCGGAAAAGCGCACCCUUACAGGUGUAAAAGUAACAUUAACGUCCGGCAAGGAAUGCUUCAUCACCGGUCAAAUGGUAAAAACAGACGACGGUGACGUUUUUGUGCCUGGACAAACGAUACAAAAUGAAUUUGGCCUUGAAUAUGCCCCCGGUAUUACCGUACUUAUGGACAAUAAACCAACGCUUAUUAAUGGUCUCAUCGUCGGAGAGGAAGACACGAGGAACCCCAUGUUUGUACCAACGGAAGCAACAAUAACCGAAGAGGGAAAUCUAUCGUUUACUGUGACAAAAGAGGAACGGACAAAAUACACACCAAUUAAAGUACCUCAAGAGAAAAAAAAACGCAACAGGAAGAAGAAAAUCGAAAAAGUGUGCCAGGAGGCUAAAGAAGAAGACAAGAAAAUUGAAGUCGAAACUACGGAAGUUCCUCAGCAACCGCCAAAGAAACGCAAAAGAAUUGUUAAGAAAAAGAAAACUGUUGCAGUUGCACCUAAAAUUGAAAUAGACCCUGGCGUCAUUUACGAGGAUAAUUACUGUCCUGAAUUAUUUGAUUACAUUGAAAUACCACCACCUGUAGAAGAAGAAGAAGAGACUGAACCGGAAGAAGACGGUCAUUUGUCGCUUUUUAACGAAUACGAAAAAUAUUCCGAACUCGAACGUCUUCUCAUAAGGACCAUGGACGAUCAAAUCGAGAAAAUCAUCUCCAGUCUAGAAAUCAAAAAGUCUGAGUUACAAGCAAAACUACAAGAACUCCAAGAGCUCGCAUCGAUCAGGCAAAACAAUCCCGUGUGUCUAGCCACGUCCGAAGAUGCAGCUCAAAUAGCAAGAAUGAUCACCGGCAAUCCAGACAAGGUCGGCAUCGUCCAGGACAUUCUCCUCACAAUGAUGCACAAGCUUAUCAUAUUUCCCGAUAAAGCCAACAUAAAGUUGAGUAACGUCGACAGUUCGAACAUCGUGGACGGCUUUUUGGAAACGUUCGACGAACGGUAUCGCCGGUGCAACGAGAAACUUAAAAUAGCUCUGAAAACGGCAAUGGUCGCGGCGAACAACGCUCUCAAAUCGCGGCCGAAAGACGACGUGUCCGUGUUGAAAGCUAUCGGCGCUGUACUAAUAAUAUCACUCAAAGACAAAAAUAACCUCGUCAGCGAUCUGUGCGAAUUUAUGGGAACGGCCGUCGAACGGAACAAGGUGAACGAUCUACUUCUAAAGGAACUGGCGCACAAAGUGCAGGAGAACAAGAUCAAGAUGUUGAAAUCGGCAGUGAGCGAGUCAACGGAAAACGACGCUUACGUAAUCGAAAAGAUCGCCGAAGUCCUGCAGACCGAGGGCGAUUCGUUAUUAAAAUCCGCUUUCAAGAAGAUCGCCUUCAAUAACAAACCGUUACUAAAGAAAAUCGUAGAACUCAUAAAACAAAAAAUGAACCUGGUAAAAACGGAACAGUGGGCUUACGACGUGACCCGAGACGCUCUUCUAGUUGCGGUGCAAGAAUUUUACGAAAAACAGCUACAACAAAUCCUCACGAGCCGCAACAGCGAAGAAAUAGCCCUGUUAGUAAAAGAAACGGAAGGAUUCGCCAGGAUACUUAAUCUUGACGAGAUAGCUGACACACUUUCGAAUACGUCAAAUGGAACCGUUCCAAUCAAGGAAUCCGCCUACGUGAACGCAUUUAAAAGACUUCUUAUCAUACGCAAACUCGCCGAAAACGAUUACGGACUUCGGGCAGCCCUACGCGAGAUACACAGGAACCCCUCGUUCGGAAAAAGUAACCCCCGAGUGAUCCAACUCAUAAAAGAAAGCGCAAGUCUGACGUACAACAGAAUUCCAUUGAGAAGUUCGAAAGAAAUAUCGUCCAGACUGCUCGACGACUCUAAUCGACUUGCCCUGGAGGAUUUCUUGAUUCAGAGGGGCGUCCUGUACAAACCUGUGCUCGUUUCUAAAAAUGGGGCCCAGGUGGUUGUACCUAAACACGAUACCAGAGAAGUGCAAGCUGGAAGGGUGCCCUACGUAUUGGUCGAUGAAGAUGGCGUGGUAAAUUUCAAACCAGCACACAUGUUUUCGUCUUUUAAAUUGGGCAAGAAUGAUGAUAUCAAUGUCGACUUGAUCCCCAGAAGAGGCUCGCUUUCGGAAAAUCUGUUUCCGGAAAGACAGAAAGCUCGUCAGGAUUUAAGGAAACAGAUCCGCAGGAUGUCGCAAUUCAAUCACCGGAUGGUCGCUUGAUUUGUGAUAAUUAUUAUUUUUAAAGACAAUUAUUUUUCGGACAGUUUUGUUAUGAAAGUUUUACGCGAGAACUGUUUAAUUUGUAGAGAAUGUUAUUCGUUAUUUUUUAGCUUUCGUCGGUUGUUAUUUGCGUCUAUCGGUGAGUCACUUGAAUGAAUGUCUAUUUUGAAUGUUAAAAUAGGUUUUGAAGUACGCUAAUACCUAACGCGGUUAAAAUAACAAUCCAAAUAUAAUACUUGCACGUGCUACCCUUAACUAAUACUGUAAUGUAUCCAUAACCUUAUUAGUCUAUAAUGCAUUUUGUUUGUCCACACAGUACUAAAAUCUACAUAUUUUCUUCUAAUGGGUUAUUUUAAGGAUGUUUGGGAGGUAUGUCAAAAUGCUACGAGACAAAUAAAUAUUUGGAAGAACGUUCCUCGUUCAAUUAUAAUACUCCUGUAAA